AUGUAUCCACAAUGUUAUGUGGCUUUAAUAAUUGGACAUGUACGUGCAUUGGCUGAAAGAAUAAAGAGAAUCGGCGUCAACCCUAAGGCCAGUGGUGAUGAUAAUCUGGAGGAAUUAUUGGCAUGCAUUCAAGAUCAUAAAGAUAUAUUAAGUUAUUUGGACUGCAUUCGUCCUGUAAUAUCCCGGACACUUUUGCAACAAUUCAUAGUUACAGGCUUUGUACUGUGUCUAACCGGCAUUAGCUUAACAGUGUUCGCACGUGAUGCUGCACAGAUACUUUUCACAGGCACCUAUCUGAUUGCAGUAUUAGUUGAAACCUUUCCGUGUUGCUGGUUUGUGAAUCUGCUGGUCCAGGAAAGCGAUUAUUUGACGACAGCCAUGUACAGCUGCAAUUGGUACACACAAAAUCAGAAAUUUCGCAAAACUCUAAUUAUUUUCAUGCAACGUUCACAGAAGUCAAAUGUGAUUAUGGCUGGUAAUUUGGCACCAAUAACUUUGCAGACAUUUUUGGCGGUUAUAAGAUUUUCGUUUUCUAUGUUCACUAUUUUAAGCAAAGCAAACAUUUGA